GGUAACGGUAGGUAAUAUCGGUAGUGGUUGGUACCGAAGCCAUUGUGCCAACGAGACCGAGCGCCGAGAGUCGAGAGUAGUUAUGUUGGAGAGUUGGAGUGACCUCAACCUUGCGUCAUAAUUUGUCAAUACUAUCUCAGAACUUGUGGUACUUGCUUGGUUUCUUCUCUGGAAUCGACACCAUGAGAAUGCAUCAACUCUUUGUUUCCUUUGGCGCGCUGUGUAUCAUCCUUCUGCUUUUCCCAUCAUUGACGGAAGGUAUUGGAGAGAAGCCUGCUUUCAAGAUCUCUCCAUUGUCCGAAGGCAAUGCCACCUACAGAUCAGAUGUCUGUGAUCGUUUCAAUCAGUUUAGUGAUGGAAAGAUUUCACUGAGGCAUGCCCUCUCCGGGUUGGCCUUGAGACCAAUCAUGGAACAUGGGGAUUUCUUUCAUUUCUCUCACGAUCAGGGCAUUGACCCAGUGGACCCGGGCUUCCUUGGCGAACUCAUGGAUAUUCUCGCUGCCAGGGCAAACUUUACUUGGCGAGACUCAUUUGCCAUCAUGUGGAUGCCUGACGAAGAUUGGACCGUGCUGUCUUGGACAGAUUAUCUUGUGUGGUCCGUCAAUCAUUUUGAUAUUUCCGUCACAUGGUGGGACCAUUCCAUUGAACGCAUGGAAAAGGGGGUGGCCUUUGUGGAGCCAUGGUAUGAUGGAAGUUUGGUACUUAUCAACCAGCAUGACCCACCGAUACAAGAAAGCUCGAUUGUACUAUCCAACUGGCUGCUCCCAUUUGAUGCGUCUGUUUGGAUGCUCAUCAUUACAACUAUCAUUGCUUCUGCUUUGGUGUACCAGCUUAUUGAGUUCAUGAAUGAUGAGCGAGAGGAACGAAGCAUGUACCAGUGGUUCUCUGACAACCUGUACCUAUCAUCCUUGAAUUUCUCUCAAAACUUUGAGUAUGCACCAAACAGUCUUGCUGGUAGAAUCUUUGGCAUCAGCAUGAGCAUUUGGGCACUGGUUAUCACAGCCACCUAUACUGCCAACCUAGCUUCACUGCUCGUGCAGCAUGGCAAACAGGGACUGGUAAUAGACUCUAUUGAGAGAGCCAUGGUUGCCAAUGUGCCAAUAUGCACCUAUGGUGGAUCCAACAGUGAUACAGUCAUCCAGAACAAGUACCAAAAGGCCAUCCGUCGUCCGAUGGAAACUGAGUUACUGAUGUAUCAAGCUUUGAGGCAAGGCCAAUGUGGACUUGCUGUGACCUCUAUGGACACCUGGCUGACAUACUUUAGCAACGAAGAUUACAACCCUGACUGUGAUCUUGAAUGGGUCGGAAGGCAACUCUUGACCAUCAAAUCAGGGUUUGCUGUCAAGGCUGAUUCAGGUGAUCUCUGCUCUAGCUUGAUUCGAGACGUUCUCAAUUUGCAUCUUGCAGAAAUUGUGGGAGAAGGGAUACUUGAGGAGCUGUGGAGGAAACAUAGAGCAAAGCUGCAGACAAUCGACUGUGAUGCACAAGAAUCUGGCGACAGGAAUUCGAGAGCACGUCGGGGUCUUCUUUCAUCAUCGUGGUUCUCAAACCAGGACAUACCACCCCAGCAACGUUCCCUAAAGGGUGGCGGAUCAACCACUGCAGCUUCUUCUUCUUCUAGCUCUUCAGGGGGGGCGGGUGAAACAUCAUCUCUGUCGAUAGAGAGCAUGCUGGGCACCUUUGUCAUGCAUUGGUCGGCUAUGGCCGUUGCGCUUCUUGUGAGUGUCCUCUCGGUGCAUUUUGAGAGGUGGCAAAAGAAGCGAUUGGAAGCCGCAAAUUGCGUUGUGGAACAAGUGAGGUUCAGAGGGCACGGCCCCAUCAUCGGCAUGCCCCCGCGAAUGAAUACGUUUGUCAUUCGCAACAAGCAUGAUGUUUCGCUGGGAGGCUCAGAACGCCAUGAAGCGGAGCAAAGUAUUUCCCAGGAUGAGGAGGGCGUAAUCAAGCCAGGGAUCUCUGCCUUUCGACGUCUUUCAGUAAGAGAGGCAAGCCGCCGGUUCCCCGCGGGGCUCAAUGGUCAGGAGCAGGACAUGCAAUGGCGACAGGACGUGGACAGCAAACUAGAACGACUGCUGAAACAGGAGAGAAAGUUGGAAAGGCUGCUGAAUCUUGUAGAAGGCAUGUCCAAUCUAAGCGCCAAUGAUGCAAACGACAUACAGGGAGCGGGAGACAUAACCAAGGCUGACCUUGAUUUAUGUGCGUAGUGGGCCCUGUUGUACUUCCUGCUUCAGUCCCGUGGCCCUUCAAUAUAAUCUCUAAAAAGAUGUCCGUGUAAUCUCUGUAUUGGUUCACUUGAAACCCUCACUUUGUUCUGCGGGCGGAGAUUGCGUUAUUGCGUUAUUGCGUUACGCUCAGUCCGGCCACCACAACCAGCUCUUUCUCGCUGGCUGCUGGCCUUUGCAGUUUUCUCGUAGUCACUGAAGAAUAGCCAGCCAGUGCAUCCUACGUCCUCUCCUCAAGAUCGUAGAGUACAAGCACAAUCAAACCAUAAUCUUUCUAGCCAGAUGGUGAGCUUGACCUGCUCACCUACCCACAGCAUUCCGUUCCACUUCCAAUGCUAAGCUUCCCUUUUCGACCUUGGCGGAAUGAACACUCGGCACCAGAACUCUAGCCUGGAGGCUUGUCUCUGUCAAAUCUUUAGCAC